AUGUGGUUCUUCUGGACACGUUUAGAAAGCAUGUUGUACUCCAAGAUUCAAUUAAAGAAGGCUGAUGAUAAAGACCCGAUGAUGCAACAGAUCAAGAAACUUCUAAGCUAUGACAAAGAUGGAUCAUGGGAUUUGUUGUGUAGAGGGUUAAAGAUUCUGACUAAUGGACAUGGAAACACAAUGAUGCAAACACCAUCUGACUUUGAUAUGUGGAAGAAAGAUAUAGAAACAAAGGGGUUUGAUUUGUCGUUUAUGGAGUACCAGGAUAAGCUUCAUGUUGCAGCGAAUAAUUGUUGUAGAUUUGAGUUUCCAAUAGCACUAGGUAGAGUCCCCGAUGGGAUGCGGUGCCCUGAGUGUCAUUGUGUCAUGGAGAAAUACAUUGCUUUUCUUUGUUGCCAUGAUCAAGAUGGCCUACUUGAACUCGAUUGA